AUAUCAAGACUCGAGUUGUUAUGCAUAUGAAUGACAGAAUGAGUAGCACGGUGUGGUUGACUAGUUGUCAUGAUCAAGUACAAAAGGAAGAAGAAAACUGAGCGGAGUGUAACACGUUAUUCUUGAAUUAUUAGUUAUUCAAUUCAUGGUUUCAGGAUGGUGUUGUUUAUGCAUAUUGGUUCUUUAAAUAGUAUGUAGUUUUUCUUUUGAAUGCAUUGGUUGUUUCUUGUCUCGAUAUGCAUUUCUGUAUCUCAGCAUUUUACUUGUUAAUGCAGAUUCUUCGAUAAGAGCCAGAAAAGGGAAUAUGCAGAAAAAAAACAUGGAUGGCUUUUUAGGAUCGGGAUAUGUUCUCCGCUAUAUAGAUAUCUCGUUCAAUACUCAUCUUUCGGUAGAGGAUAUACUUCAUUUACCGGGUACAAAUCCCAAAACGGUCUCAACAACAAUUUUCAGAAGAUGCCUUCAGCUACUUGGUUAAGUAAAUUUAGAUCAAAUCUGCUGAGUUCAUUGUACAAGGGAAGAUAUUUUACUCCUCUUAGAGGAUAUGCUUCAUUAAUUCGGUACAGAAUACAACACGGUUUCUGUAACAAUUAUCACAGGAUACUGUUGGCCAGUUCUUUGUACAAAGCAAGAACUUUUCGAAUCGCCCAUGCAGCUAAUUUGGCUUUAUGUAGCGGUACAUUUGCCUUGCUAUGUCGAAAGUAUUACCUUGCAGGGGCAGAAGGCUUGCCCCUGACCAGGAAUAAUGCAUCUUCUUUGCGUGCACAAAAUGGUAACAGAUUGUUAUUUACUCGAUUAAUCCUGAAGGUAUUCUUUUUUUCAACAAUCCUGAAGGUAUUCGAAUGCACUAAACUUAUGGCAAGAGCUUUUCAUUUGGUGAUCCUGUUUUCUCCGUGCAUCGCAAUGGCUCAAUUUGCGGAUGUUUUGGGACCUCAGUUCAGGAAAAUGUGGAUUCGUGUUGUUCGCUGGACGCUUGAAAGCGCUGGACCAGUGUUUAUAAAAUGGGGCCAAUGGGCAGCUUCACGUCCAGAUUCAUUCCCGCAAGACUUGCGUGCUGAGCUCAAGCUUCACUCAAAAGCUCCUGAACAUAACUCUGCCUAUUCGGUAAAAGCUAUUGAAGGAGCUUUCAACUGCAAGCUUACUGAGAUGUACGACGGGUUCAAUGAGACCCCUGUUGGAUCCGGAAGUAUAGCUCAAGUGCACACUGCUUUCAAUAAGCAUAAACACCCUUCAUUUGGUCGAAAGAUCAAGCCCACGAAAGUGGCGAUGAAGGUUAGACAUCCACGAGUUGUCGAAUCAAUUGAAAGAGACUUUAAGAUUAUGUAUAUAGUUGCAAAAAUAUCCAGGUUCGUACCAUCAUUGGAGUGGCUUAGGUUGGAUGAAAGCGUCCAGUAAUUUUCUGUCUUUAUGAUGUCUCAAGUUGACCUCGAGAGAGAAGCGGAUAAUCUGAGCCGUUUUAAUUAUAAUUUUCGGAGAAGGAAACAUGUCUCUUUCCCUAAGCGUGUUAAUGUACGUCCUGAUGUGCUGGUGGAAACUUUUGAGGAAGGGAAAAGUCUCACGAACUAUGUCGAUGGAUUCAAGGGUCGUGAUCAACGACUUAAGAGUGCUCUUGCUCAUACCUUGGGCAAAGCACAUCUCAAGAUGCUUGUUGUUGACAAUUUUUUCCAUGCGGAUCUGCAUCCAGGAAAUAUUCUUGUGGUUGUACCGCAGCAAAAAUCCUCUUGGAAACGUAUAUUCAAGUCAAAAAAGCCCCACGUGGUUUUCCUUGAUUUAGGCAUGGCUGCUGAACUUUCUCAGAACGAAAACAGAAAUUUGGUUGAGUUCCUUAUUGCUGUUGCUCGCCGAGAUGGUAGCACUGCAGCUAAGUGCACUUUAAAUUUUUCAAAGAUGCAGAACUGCCCUAACCCAGAUGCCUUCAUUAAGGAAGUGAAAGAGUUUUUUGAUUUUUGGGGGACUCCAGAAGGUGAUUUAGUCCCUCCUGUGGAUUGUGUGAUGCAACUACUUGAACAAGUUAGGCGUCAAGUGAACAUUGACAGCAAUGUGUGCACUGCCAUUUUGACAACUUUAAAUCUCGAGGGUUUGCUACGGAAACUUGAUCCUAAAUAUGAUAUGAUGCAUACUCUCAAAACGUUGCUUCUGAAACAGAAUCUGUCCGACACAAUUGUAAAGCAGUUAUAGAGGUUUAAAAACAUAAAAAAUUAGUUCGGAAGAGAACUCGCUAUAUCAUAGUGAAUGCUCUAAAAAGGGUUUGCUACGAAACUUGAUCCUACAUAUGAUAUGAUGCAUACUCUCAAAAUGUUGCUUGUGAAAGCUAAUUGGGUGGAGGAGCUUGCCCACAGAAUGUCAUUACUUUGUCGAAGACAACAUCAUACAUGGUAAAUUCCUAGGUUAACGACCUGCAAAUACUUUCGUUCUGUCUUGCUGUUCUGUCUUCAUGACUUUCCUUUGAGUAGAGAGAAGGCUGAAUUGAUCUGGUCAAUAUUUGGUACCCUGAUUGAGUGGAUAAAUUGAAGUAGCUGAUCGCAAGUGGUUCGCGUAGUGGGACCAAGAGCAUAUAUAUCUGCAGGCAAGCAAGAUUCAAACUACUCAGCAGAAUUAUAGAGGAACUGAAAUAUGGUGAAGUACUUCAGAUAUAUGAGGUGAACUAGCUCUCUUUAAAGUUGAGUGUGGCUGAUUGCUUGAACAAGUCUAAGAGUUGAGAUAUUCCUUCGUGCUGAGCACAACUUGAUGAAACAGAGUAAACUGUCCAGAUUGAUUUUUAGAAUUCAGAGGAGAAACACCCAAAAUGUUUCAUUAUUCUUCGGUAGAAAUAAUGGACAGAAGGCUGUGGGAGGCUGCUCAAAAAGCCUAUGUGCAUCACUUGUAAAGCUUGAUCAAAGAAGUCCCUUUUUUUCUCAGCGCAGUUUCAUUAGCAGGCGAUGAAACUCCUCUGCAUACUGCUCAA